UUUUCAUGAGCGAAGGUGUAAGUGAGACAGAACAAUAACGACAACGUUAACAUUGGCUUCUGUUGCAAGUUGUAAGUGGUAACUCUUUCAACUCAGCCGUGCAAGUUUUGUUGGCAGCGCACGAAGGAACCAUCUUCUCUUCGUUUUCCUUUUUUUCUCAAUCACACCCAAAUCCCUUCCUUCCUUCUUCGCUAUUGUCUUCUCUUUCAGAGUUGAUCGAAAUCCAUUUUCUUCGGUUAUGUUGAAUUUCAACAGAGUUUUGAUUUAGGACUCGAGAAAAUUCUUCGGUGAGCUAAACACUAGCAUAGUAGCAUGCAUCAUCGUCAUAAACUCGUUGAAACUGAAGUCAAAACUUGAUCUUGUGUGCGAUAAGGUGAUGGACCUCUUUAUUUACAAGGUGCACCUUCCAGUAAAGCAGGAGUAGGAUAAUUGUUGAACAUAGAUGAAAAGGUGAUUGUUAUGUCUGGACUGAUUGAAGGACUUCCUGAUGCUGUUGCAAUCAGGUGCCUUGCAUGGGUUCCCUUCUACCUCCAUCCAAAGUUAGAGCUUGUCUCUCGUGCUUGGCGAGCAGUUGUCCGUGGCCCUGAACUAUUUAAAGCUCGACAGGAGCUUGGUUCGUCAGAGGAUUUGUUAUGUGUCUGUGCUUUUGAACCAGAGAACUUAUGGCAGUUGUAUGACCCUCUGCGAGAUCUCUGGAUUACUCUUCCUGUUCUACCCUCAAGAAUCAGGCACCUUUCACAUUUUGGUGCUGUCUCCACUGCUGGAAAGUUGUUUGUAAUUGGUGGUGGAAGUGAUGCUGUUGAUCCUUUGACGGGUGACCAAGAUGGUUGUUUUGCAACAAAUGAAGUCUGGUCGUAUGACCCUGUAGUACGGCAAUGGUCCCCCCGUGCAGCAAUGCUCGUUCCCCGUUCUAUGUUUGCAUGCUGUGUUAUGAAUGGAAAAAUAGUUGUGGCUGGGGGCUUCACUAGCUGCAGAAAGUCAAUAUCUCAAGCAGAAAUGUAUGACCCUGAGAAAGAUGUUUGGAUUCCAAUGCCUGAUCUUCAUCGCACCCAUAAUUCAGCCUGUUCAGGAGUGGUGAUUGGAGGAAAGGUGCAUGUACUGCACAAGGAUAUGUCAACGGUGCAAGUUUUAGACAAUGCAGGUCAGUGGACGGUUGAGGAAUAUGGGUGGCUCCAUGGUCAAAUGGCAGUUAUCAGGGAUGCCCUUUAUGUAAUAAGCUAUGGAUUAAUCAUCAAGCAAGACAAAAAAAUGAGGAAGGUUGUAGGUUCAGCUUCCGAGUUUCGAAGGAGAAUUGGAUUUGCAAUGAUAGGUUUAGGUGAUGAAUUAUAUGUGAUUGGAGGUGUCAUUGGCCCUGACAGGUGGAAUUGGGACAUCAAGCCACUGUCUGAUGUUGAUGUUCUUACACUUGCGAGCGACAGACCGACGUGGCGCCAAGCAGCUCCAAUGACACGGUGUGGUGGUACCAUUCUUGGUUGUACACUGCUGAGAAUUUAGGCUUUCACUUUCAUGGCUUAUGUGAUAUGUGUGCUCCUACUAAGGAAUGUGAAUUCCUUCAACAGGAGACAAAGAAUUAGGUUGUUCAAUGGCUUCUUUGAGUUGUAUGUAAGCCAUAAUAUUUGUCCUUGUUGUUUUGUUGACUAUUAUGUGGUAAUAUGAUCAGGUAAUAUUUUCAAGCAAAACAAUGAAGUUCAUGCACUACUCUAAAUAAUAUUAGUGGAUAUUACUUUCACUCAUUUAUAUUC